GAGGAGGAGUACGAGCCUCUCGAACUACCUGGUGUCGAGGAGCGUGCUGACAGACACAAAAGACUGACCUGCGACCUUCUCUCUUUCAAAAAGAAGCUUGCGAGAACUGCUUGCGCUGCUAACUGUCUCAGAAUGGGCAAAGCUGGAGGCCGCUGCAAGAAAGGAAUCUGCGUUUGUCGCAAGUUCAGUUUCAAGAAACUCUGGCGCAAACUCGGUUAAAUCCACUUCUGCCAAGUUCCAUUAACAGGAGUUUUCUAUUCGACGAGAGAUACGCGAAAAGAACGCAAUUAUUGUUAAGAAAUUGACAAAUAUUAUAAAACAAUACUUUGGUAUUAUACUAAAGUUAAUCUCUCGAAAAUUUUGCGAACUUCGACUUGCUAAAAUUUUUUUUAGCUCUAAUAGUGUAAAUAAUAUUGACUUUCGAUAUAGUAUUGUUUAGAGUAUUCAGAAUCAAUAAAAUCUUCAAAAUAGAAACGAUACAAGCGUCUAGAUGCGAGAGAUCAUUUGAUGUCUGUACCAUUUUUAUAUCAUUCUACCAUAUCUUUCAAAGAACCAGGUGGAUGAAUUUUUUGAAUACAAAUCAAUAUUCUAAAUGUACAAUGAAAGUCUGUUCAGAUUGUAUUUAUUUUAAAAUGUACUAUUUUAUAUUAACUCUUAAGUAGCAAUAUAAGUUGGUAAUAUAGGUGACUGUAGUAA